UAUAGAUAUGAUUAUUUGGUGAAGAAGAAACUUCAUAAUACUGCAGAGUCGUUUAUGACUGAAGGGAAGGUUUCACCUGAUCCAGUUGCAAUUGAUGCACCUGGAGGGUUUCUCUUUGAGUGGUGGUCUGUGUUGUGGGAUAUCUUCAUUGCAAGGACAAAUGAGAAACAUUCAGAGCCUGCUGCAGCUUAUAUUGAGGCACAACAAGGUAAAGCGAAGGAGCAGCAAAUGCAAAUUCAGCAACUUCAAUUGAUGCGACAAGCUCAAGCUCAUAUGCUACAUAGAAAACCUAAUCACCCUUCUCUAAGGGGUCCAAUGAAUGCUAUUGGUUCUGAAGGGAUGAUUGGACAGUCAAAUGCUAGUGCUUUGGCUGCAAAAAAUGUACGAGGAACGUAUGAAGCAACCAAAUCCAAUGAACUCUGAGACAUCCCAACCUCAUCUUGAUGCAAGGAUGGCCCUUCUUAAAUCAGCAACAAAUCA